CCCCCCUCCCCUCGAAUUGACAGCUCCCACUUUGCUCGACCCCGUUGUGCGUGCUCCUGUGCGCGCUUCCGCCUCUUUACUCUACCCUGCGGACCAAGGAGACAUCGAACACCGGCCGGGACCGCUAGGACUGAUUGCCAGGUUGACUUCACUCCACAAUGGCUGACCAGUAUGAGUACGAUGCAGUGGGAGACCACCAACAAAUCUACUCUGGUGGGGGAGACACCAUGGCUCAAGAGGACAAUCAGGAUAGUGUGAUCAGGCUUCCACAAGCUACAGAACAAGCCGAUGGAGCAGGUGCAGUAGAGGAGGAGCUUGCAAAUGGGGAGACAGUAAGAGGCCAGGGUCACAUGGAGAUUCCUGAAGGAACCACGGCAGAGAAGAUUGGUGUAGUAAACUCUCCAAACCGAGAUGACCAGGCAGCGGGGAAUGCCACAAGAGAGAACAUUCCAUCCUCAGAGAUCCAACAUCCUGAUGAGAGCAUGUCAGAAACUUCACUUCACCAAGAAACAGAUAGUCCAGGAUCUGUUAAAGAAUUGGCAGCCGAAGAUCUGUGGGAGGUGCAGGACACACAAGCUAUGAAUAACCAUAUAGGAGAUGAACGUGAAGAUAUUAGUCCAAAUUGGUUGGCAAAAAGCAACAGGGAGCUUGAACAUGGUGCAGGAGAGAAAGAUCAUCUUGAAGAAAAGGAACACAAUGGCACAAAUUAUGAUACAGAAAUAUAUGACGAAAACCAAAUUAUACUGGAAAAACAUACUGUGCAUGAUGACUCAAUUUCUAAAGAAGAUGCAGAAAUGGAAAAGCCUUUUGGCAAAGAUGCUCAGGUAAAUGGUAUGGAAGCCAUUAGUGAUUCAGUAGAAGAUGCUGCUAAGUUGCAUGAUGUUUCUGAUUUGGCAAAUAAAGAGACACAUGGUAUAGGAGAACCAUUUGUUGUAGGAGCAGUUGAAUCUUUCUCAGGAGAAGCCCAUAUUCCUCUUCCACGGGCCUCUGAGUCAGUGUACCAAGUGGAGAUUGAUGCCAACCAGCCAAUAGAUUUAAAUGUGGCAUUAAGGGAAGCUGAUGAAAAAAGCCCAGUUAAUGAUGUGUUUACCGGUGGUAUAACGGAGAAUGUCAAGAAGCGAGUGCCUGCACAAGGAUCAGGAAUACCCAUUAGUCGAGGUGCUCUUUCCAAAGCUCACGGUAAUGAGAAGCACGAGACUGAUUCGCAAGAGAAAGGAACACAGAAGUUCUCCACUCCCUCCCCUGACAAAAACCUGAAAAGCAGAACAUCCACCAUCCCCAAACGAACCCCCUCUGCUAGUACAAUCCCCCCAAGAAAGCCCUCCGGCCCCACUGUAAGCCCUGCUUGGAACUCCUCUCAGAGAAUAUCCCCUGUGGUACGCCAUCCUGGCUCCGUCAUAAGAGAGCGCAGAACCAAGGAGCAUGACGGAGGUUUGGAGAAUUCUGGGCCCAAGCAUCCACUUUCUAGAAGUCCAGCUAACAUCUCCAGGAUCCCUGCAAAGACCUCUAGUGUUCCAAAAACCCCUCCCAGUGCUGUAAAAAGGGAACAGAGAAGACCACCUGCCGUGGGAAAACCAGAGAGAGCUGAGUCCCCGAAAUCUGGUGAGAGAAGUGGGUACAGUAGCCCUGGCUCUCCUGGGACGCCUACCAGUCGCUCCCGCACACCUUCCAUGCAGACCAAUCGGGAGCCCAAAAAGAUUGCCAUUGUUCGUACUCCACCCAAAUCCCCAGCAUCUUCCAAAAGUCGCCUGCAACCAGUCCCUAGCCCAGCAGCUUUGCCUGAUCUGAAAAACAUUCGCUCCAAGAUAGGUUCUACUGAAAACAUCAGGCAUCAGCCAGGAGGUGGCAAGGUGCAAAUUGUGCACAAGAAGGUGGAUGUGAGCAGUAUUCAAUCAAAGUGCGGAUCAAAGGACAACCUAAAACACUUUCCCGGGGGAGGAGCAAUUCAAAUAACACAUAAACCAGUCGAUCUGAAGCAUGUGACCUCCAAGUGCGGAUCCAUGAGCAAUAUCCACCAUAAGCCAGGUGGCGGAAAUGUGGAAGUGAAAUCAGAAAAGUUGGACUUUAAGGAGAAGGUUCAAUCAAAGAUUGGCUCCCUGGAUAACAUCACUCACACCCCAGGGGGUGGGUCCAAAAAGAUUGAGUCUCACAAACUGAGUUUCCGAGAGAAUGCCAAAGCCAAGACUGAUCAUGGAGCAGAGAUUGUCUAUAAGUCUCCCAACCCAUCAGGAGACACCUCACCCCGACGUCUCAGCAAUGUCUCUUCCUCGGGCAGCAUCAACAUGACUGACUCCCCACAGCUCUCUACUCUUGCUGAUGCUGUCUCUGCCUCCCUUGCAAAGCAAGGCUUGUGAUGUGCUCACUUUUGGGGGUGUGAGAUAGGGAAUGGGUAGGGGCUGAAGGUGAGGGGAACGAGAGAUGGAUAAAGCCAAAGGAGAAAAUCUUUAUACAGAAAACUCCCCUAGUUUGCCAAUUAAACAGCCUCUUCUAUUUAUUAAUUUAUUUAUUACACAAUUUCCAUAAAGGGAUAUUUAUACCCACUCACUAAUGGUAAGAGCUGGAAAAUGUACCUUUUACAGUGCCAGAGAAGAGAAAGACUAAAAUAAUGUAUAUGUAUAUUUUGUUUUCACAAUAUGGCGCAUGUUACAGUGCUACAGCUUUCUCUCUCAGUUAUACAGUAAUGGAUAAAGGCAAGAAAAACACCCAAUCUUUCUUAGUCAGAAACUAGUUACCCCGAGAAAAAUGAUGUAUUUUAUUCUUCUUGCACCAGGUAAAGACUGGAUAAAACAUUCUGGACCAAGAUACUGAAAGCUGUUUGACUACUGCCCCCUGUACACUAUGGCCUUUUAUCCCUGUGUUCAACAAAACAUAACUCAGUUGGACUAACCUUAUAGUUUGUAUGAACUCCUUACUCUCGUCUCCCUAGGACUAUACAUUUUAUAACUUGAUCCCCCACUCUCUGUAUCUUGCAUAGCAUAGCUGUUUACCCCUACACUGGUAUGGAAAGUUGAUGCCCCUCUCCCCCAGUAUCCAGAUCUCUUUGCCUUUCAGUAGCAGGCAAGGCCUGGCAGCAAAAGGGUUAAGCACACUCUAGGAGCAGGGGAAAAUAAUGUGUGUAAGUAUCUGGUACUCUGCACGUCUUGGCUCUCCCUCUCUCUUGGUGUGUGAAUUGUAAUGGAUAUAAGGAAACGUCAAUGGCUGCUUUUUUCAUUGCUCACUGUCCCCUACUCCCCAGAAGUCCAUUCUUCCCCCUCUCUCUUUUUACUUCAAUACUAGGUUGCUCUCUCUGUUGAUGUCAUUGAUAAUCACUUCUUGGUAAAUCUCUACGUCGUGUCUGUGGCUGUCCAUCUUAUGUGUCGUGUCCAACCAGCUGGUUCACACGGUCUGUUGCUGUAAAAGUGGAUUUGGAAAUAAAGACAUUAAUACAUUA